UGUGGAUUUCUUAUGAUCUCAAAGAGACUUGAGCCUCACGUGGCGAGUGAGGCCUCAUGGUCGGAGCAUGCCAUAUGCUAGAGCGGUGAGGCAGUGGGAGAUCAGGCCCACGUCUACACUGCGGGGGAUCAAACGCACUAGGGCCCUGAUGUGGCAGCGGAUACGGGGACUGGUCCGGGCCUGCCGGCAUGGUGCGGGGUACCCAGUCAACUAUAAUGACCCAGACCGAGAAGAGCAGGAGAUGGUGUGCCUUGAGCCCAUGGGAUCAGAGCGGAUGGAGAUGCGAAAGAGGCAGAUGUCGGUGCAGCAGGAGUCGGCAGCGGGGGGAACUGCACCGGCCCAGCAGGACCAGCCGGGCCAGGCUAACCCACGGGGCUCGAAUGCAUGUUGCUUCUGCUGGUGUUGCUGCUGUAGCUGUUCCUGGAAUGAAGAUCGAGAUGAUAGGAACCGAAAGGCAUCUUAUGACGUCAAGGAAGGGACCACAGACUGUGAAGACUGUCCUAAGCCCACGUUGGAGGAGGUGCGCUCAUGGGGGCAGUCGUUUGACAAGCUGAUGUGCUGUCCAGCGGGGAGAAACUCUUUUCGACAGUUUCUUCGCACUGAGUUCAGCGAGGAGAACAUGCUUUUCUGGCUAGCCUGUGAGGAGUUCAGGAAAGAGACCAAUAAGAGUAUGAUAGAGGAGAAGGCUCGGGUCAUCUACGAAGACUACAUCUCCAUUCUAUCACCUAAAGAGGUGAGCCUCGACUCCCGUGUGCGCGAGACGAUUAACAGGAACAUGCUGGAGCCCACAUCGCACACCUUCGACGAUGCCCAGCUGCAGAUCUACACACUAAUGCAAAGAGACUCGUAUCCCCGCUACAUGAACUCCCCAGCCUACAAAAACCUGCUCAACACCCUGUCAGAGCAGUCCCCUGAAUCUUAGGGUGGUGAUAACCUGUGAUCUUUUAACUCUCUUUACCCCUCUCCCAGUCCUUACCCCCUUUUUUAAAUUUUUUUCUUUGUAUGUUCAGUGUAGGAUUACAUGAAUCAGGCCUCGGGCCUGUCCCCUCCCAGGGAUCUCAGCGCUAUUGUGAUCUGCACCUGACUGAAGACACUCAGGUCUUAAAAUCUCCCGA